AUGGCCUCCACAUCACGGAAACGGAAGGCUUCUGACGACGACGUUGACGAGAUGAGCGUUUCGCCCCUCAGUUCUCCUGCCCCUCACCAGAGACAGCUUGCGAGACCAUCCAAGAAGAGCAGGCUCCCUGAGCCUCCCUCCCGAGCGCUGCCGCUACCCCGACUGCUUGAGACCCUGGACAACAACCAGCUGCGGACUGUUCUCCAGAGGAUAUGUGAGCGACGUUCAGACAUACAGGAGGAGGUCCUGAGCGGUGCUCCACGCCCGUCUGCCGCAUCCACACUACAGGUUCUGGAGGGCUACCAACAGAAGCUCGCCGAGUCGAUGCCGUACGGCCACUCUAGCUCCGACUACGCAUACUACCGGGUGAAGCAGCCACUGGCCGCUCUUGUCAGCGCCAUCAUGGACUUCACGCCACAAUACCUUCCCCCGAUCGAAAACCAGGCUGAUGUGUCACUCAUGUACUUGGACGGCGUUACCAAGGUCGCGCACUCGAUGCCCAACUGGGAUAGCCAAACCUAUAGGCACCACAAGGAUCAUGUGUACGACGAGAUAGCCAAGGCCUGGACGAUGGUGAUCACAGAGGCGGCGAAGCGAGGUGGUGGAUUUGCCCUCCACAGGGACGGAUGGGACCAGGUUCUGGCCAAGCACAACGAGCAGGCUGGAGGGCGACUGCAACCGGCAGUGAACGCCCUGUCCAGCAACGUGGGAUGGUCCGGCACCACUCAGAAUCAGAAUGGCCAGCCCGGUGCCUCAGACCAGAACUCGAUCCUGGACCAGCUCCUGAACGGUUCAUACGGAGCUCCUGUCCGUGUUGGGCCCUUCUAG